GUUCUACGUGAUAUGUAGAAAUUUACUCAAUCGAAGAACAUGGGAAUCUGGAGCAAGCGCGUUCGUUGGCAGUUGAUUUCCACGUUGACCUUGUGCCUUAUGUCGAUAACUCAUGGAAUAUCCCUGGGAUGGUUCUCACCUACUCUCCCCCUCCUGAGGUCCAAAAAUAGUCCGGUUGGUCCAAUUGACGUUAGCGAGGUAAUGUGGAUCGGCGCUAUGUUUGGUUUUGGCUCUCUGCUUUGUAAUGUAUUUAUUUGCUUCCCGAUCGCAUUAUUUGGACUUAAGAAGUGCAUGUAUUUCGCGCCCAUACCAAAUGUGAUAAACUGGAUUUUAAUCUACUUCGCAAACAAAUCAGUAUAUCUGCAUGUGGCUCGUAUUUUGUUGGGAAUAUCUGGUGGCACUAUGAUAGUUUCCUUCCCUAUAUUUAUCGCGGAAGUAUCUGAUAAUAACGUCAGGGGAACUUUAAGUUCUUUUUUUAUGCUGACUCUCUGCGGCGGCCUUACUUUAGGGUUUGUAAUGGUUUAUUACAUAUCCUACCAUGUGCUACCAUGUGUCGUCAUUCUCCUGCCCAUUGCCUUUUUCUGUCUCCUCAUUCCUUUUCCGGAGCCGCCACAAGAUUUGCUGAAACGGGGUCGUGUGGAAAAGGCCGAGAGGUCCUUUUACUUCUACAAGAAUUUGUCUAAGGACCCGACCAAACAAGACGAAAACAAAGAGCAGUUCAUAAUUUAUCGGGACAAAGCUCUAGGCGGCGGCAUUCAAGAAAAGGUUAAAAUUUCAGAUUUCUGUACCAAGGACUCGGCAAAGGCUUUCUCCCUGAUCGCUGUCCUGCUGGUGUGCAAUCAGAUGUCUGGAUCUUUUGCCAUCUUCAACUACGCGUCGUCCAUCUUCGCACAGCUCGGCAGCAGAAUGGAACCGAAUAAGUGCGCCAUUUUUCUGGGUGUCGUGCAGCUUUUUGGCCUAGCCAGCGCCGUAAUACUGGUGGAUCGAGUGGGUCGCCGAUGGCUGUUGAUCCCAUCGCUGGCCGGGAUGGGUCUGGCUGAGCUCGGUGUGGGUCUACUAAAGACCCUUGCCUCGCAGGACUAUUUGAAUACCCAUUUCUGGAUUGCGCUGACUUUAAUGUGCAUUGCGGCUUAUACGUCAUCGGUGGGUGUGGUGGCUCUGACGUUUGUCAUUAUCGUCGAACUUCUGCCAUUUAAGAUUCGCGCACCAGGCGUCUCCCUAAGCAUGUGCGGACUAAGUUGCGCAGUAUUUAUGGCCCUCAUGACGUAUCCCGUGAUGAUCAACAAGUAUGGAGUGCAUAUCACAAUGUUCAUGUCGGCAGGUUUCUGCCUUGUGGGCUUGAUAGUGCUGGGCGUAUUUUUGCCUGAGACCAGAGGAAAGAGUCUGACCCAAUAAUGGGUUACUAAAACCAGUGCACUUCGAUUUCACUUUUUUUUAGAUAAGUGACAAUCUGCUGCGUUUGGUAAAAUCGGUCCUUAGUGACAGAUUGCUAUCAUAAUGAUAAAUUACUUUAACCUAAUAAUAAUAAAUGGAAACAACCAAAUAGCUGCAAGAUAAAAAUUGAAUGGUGUGCGAAUUUCAAGGCCUGUUGAAAUAAGCUUCCAACUUAAUUGAUGUCAUAAUAAUUAUUCCCCUGUUGCCAUUUUCCGUUGAUAAGAAAGCAUACAAAAGUGGGAUAUCUGUUCCAUUUUUAUCUUCAGCCCCUGGUUAAAAUAUCAUGUUGCCAGAAUAUACUUUCGUGAUCGACAUACUGUUAAAAAGUGAAAAUUUAAAAAGCAUCCAU